GCGAUUUAGCUUUAAAUAUUGCGGCAUUGCAAUAAGAGUUUUGAAGGAUGGUUUGUAGCAAAAUGCAGAAAGCUUUAAGAGCCUACGGGGAAGUGCUGAGGCUAAUUAGGCGACUUCCGCAGGACACUAGAGGUUACUAUGCCAAAUAUGCCCGCGAAAACUUCGUCAACUACCGAGAUGUCGACCCAAAAGACACCCAAGCUAUGCAGGAACUCCUCCAACGCACUUAUGCCCAUUCCCUCUGGGUCCUUAACAAGUAUUCAGUGGAUCAAUCCGUGGCUGAGAAGCUGAAAGGUGUCUGUGAGGCUUGAGUUUUUCCCUUGCAUAGGAAGUGUUUGAUGUAACUGCCCACAGACGGUAGUUAAAGGCUCGUUUUCGUGUUAACAAUAAGUGACGUUUGUCUCCUUUAAAUUCGAGAUGAACCUCUGUUUGAUGUAAUUACCCAUCGGGUUUGCUCCAUUGCUAUGCUUCCCUCGCUGAAGUUCUCGAUUCUGAUAAUCGGAAAGUUCUCGAUUUCGUCCAA